AUGGCCAUGUUCAAGCACGAGGUCAGGAGAAAGGGUUCCCCGCCCGAUACGUACAAUGAAUAUGGCUACUCAACAGAGACCCCGCGCCAUGAGAACCGUCCUCUCGCGGACGACGUCUUCGGGGACGAGGAGGGUGCGCAGAUCCACUACCGCACUAUGACCUGGCCCCUCGUCGCCGUCCUGAUGAUAGCCGAGAUCGUCUCAAACGGCAUGCUGUCCCUGCCGUCUAGCCUCGCCGUCGUCGGGAUCGUGCCGGGCGUCAUCGUCAUCGUCUUCCUCGGCGUCUUCGCGACCUUCACAAGCUGGCUGCUCAUCCAAUUCAAGCUGCGCCAUCCUCAAGUCCACUCCAUGGGCGACGCCGGCAUGAUCCUCUUCGGCCCGGCCGGCCGCGAGGUCCUCGCGGCAGGGACCAUCAUCUUCGCCGUCUUCGCGACGGGGUCCCAGCUCCUCGCGGGCCAGACGGCGCUGGCCACGCUCUCCGGGGGCCGCCUGUGCCUGAUGCUCUACACGGGCAUCUUCGCCAUCCCGACCCUGCUCUUCUCCCUCCCGCGGACGCUGGACCGCCUCUCGUGGCUCAGCGUCCCCGCCGUCGUGUCGAUCCUCGCCGCCGGCGUGGUCGGCAUGGUCGGCGCGGGCCUGCACCCGGCCGCAGGGCGCACCGUCGACGUGGCCCGGCCCUCCGACUUCGUGACGGCCUUCGUGUCCAUCACGAACCCGGUCUUCGCCUACGCGGGCCACUUCAUGUUCUUCAUCCUCAUCAGCGAGAUGAGGGACACCCGCGGCGCCAUGAAGGCCGCCUACGUCCUGCAGGGCUUCGCCACCAGCUUCUACGUCGUCUUCUCCGUCGUCACGUACUACUACCUCGGCUCCGAGGUGGCCAGCCCGUCCUUCUCGUCGCUGCCGCCCGUGUGGGCAAAGGCCGCGUACGGCAUCGCCAUCCUGAACUUCCUGAUCGCGGGCUCGCUGUACUCGCACACCGCGGCCAAGCUGGUGUUUGUCAGGAUGUUCCGGCGCUCGCGGCACCUGCACCAGCACUCGGUGCUCGGCUGGGGGGUGCGGGUGUUUCUGAUCUUCCUGGCCAACGGCGCUGCCUUUGUGCUUGCUGUUGGUGUCCCCAUCUUCAACUAUCUCAUUGGAAUCGCGGCGAGCCUGUUUGCGUCGUGGUAUACCUAUGGUAUCGCUGGGUUCUUUUGGCUAUUUGACGCGUACCAUUUUGGGAUGGGGAAGGGGGAGUGGUCUAGGUCCUGGGGUAUGACGACCCUCAGUAUUCUGACGAUCAUGGCAGGCCUGUUCAUCUGUGUGGCCGGUCUAUAUGUCACAAUUGAUGGCAUAGUCAUAGCUUAUCGGGAUGGGGCUGUGUCUGCUCCUUUUAGCUGCUAG